CCUUCCGGUCAUUCCAUCAAAUGCAUGUUACGGUUCGCAAAGGCAUUCAGUAGUAUCAAGAUGGUGCAAGCGCCUCGUAAGCCUCUUAUCACUAUAGUUGGUGCGACGGGGACUGGUAAAUCUGAUGUAAAGCUCACAUUUUUGGUCAUGCUUCAUAUCGCUGACCACAGCGGGUAGCUGGCGGUAGAGAUCGCGCGAAAGUAUAAUGGCGAAAUCAUCAAUGGCGACGCGAUGCAACUCUAUCGUGGCUUGCCUAUUAUUACCAACAAGAUUACAAAAGACGAGACGAAGGGCGUUCCGCAUCAUCUUCUAGGCUGCAUUGGCCUUGAACAAGAGACUUGGACUGUGGGAAAAUUCGUAGGCGAAGCUUUGAGAACAAUUGAUGAAAUCCAGAGUAGAGGCAAACUACCGGUCUUAGUUGGUGGCACUCACUACUAUACACAGUCACUCUUAUUCCAGGAUGCGCUAUCAGAUGAGCCAGAAUUGAAUUUGAAUGAGAACACCCAGCCUCUGCCUAUAUUGGAAGAGCCGACCGAUGUUCUGCAUGUCAAGCUAAGGGAAGUCGAUCCUAUCAUGGCCGAUCGAUGGCAUCCAAAUGAGCGGCGCAAAAUUCAGCGUUCAUUAGAGAUAUAUCUCAGAACAGGCAAACCAGCUUCGCAGCUCUACAAAGAACAGAAGCUCCAACGUGACGCUUCUGCUGCCCAGGCGCAUGGCACAACGUCAGACAAUCGGUCAGGCCUUCGUUUCGAGACUCUUGUGUUCUGGGUGCACGCAAACAAAGACGUGCUGCAUCGGCGUCUUGAUGGCCGCGUUGACAAGAUGAUCGCCCGAGGUCUGCUUUCCGAAGUACAGGAACUAAGCAGUUUCCGUGAACGCCACGAAGUCGACACAGGUGCCAGUAUCGACCAGACCCGCGGCAUCUGGGUAUCGAUAGGAUACAAAGAGUUUCUGGAAUACCAAAGUGCUCUUUCAGACAGCUCACGGGAAGCAUCUGAGCUAGAGAAGCUGAAAGUCCUCGCCAUCGAGAAAACACAAGCAGCCACCCGCCAAUACGCCAAUCGCCAGAUCAAAUGGAUCCGCAUCAAGCUUCUCAAUGCACUGAUCAGCGCAGGUCAAAAGAACACCACCUUCCUAGUCGACGGUUCCGACAUAUCGCAAUGGGAAGAAAACGUCGUCAAACCCGCCAUAACCAUUACUGAACACUUCCUUUCCGGCCAACCACUCCCUUUGCCCUCUGUAUUAUCGCCCGCAGCAGCAGAGAUGUUGACACCAAAGCGCGAGUACGACUUGGGACAGCGGCCGGACCUAUGGCAGAAGAAGGUCUGUGAGACAUGCGGUACGACAUCUAUCACCGAAAACGACUGGGCUUUACAUGUCAAGAGUCGGGCACAUCGAAAAGCGGUAGCUACAAGGAAGAAGCAAGAGAAUGCACACAAGAUGCGGAAUGGGGGUGCGAAAGAUCCGCAAGCAGAAGUGAUUGAUGUUCUCGAACACUAUCUGGAUACCUUUCCUGGAAGACAAGAGCCCAAAUGAGUGGUGGGCUGACAUGGCGGAGUUGAGAAG